CUUGCGCCAGCCACAACUCGCAAAGUCAGUCGAACCAACAUGGGCGCCGUGACCAAGUACCCGUACCCCAAGCACACGUGGUCCCCUGCCGGCGGGUGGUGGAACCAGCCCAAGAACUGGAAGAACCGCACAGCCAUCCUGACCGGGGUUAUGGUCUUGCUGAUCGUGCCCAUGACUGUCUUCUCCACCAAGAACAAGACCACGUACAGCCAUCUCCCCAAGGCCGCGUCGGACGACGAAUAGAUAUUCACGUAGCUCCGUCGUCCCGUGAUGCACGUCUAACCACAUCAAUUGGAACACGGAUAUGUGCUGCUGUGUGAGAUACUAUAUUAAUGGUUUUUAAAACUGAUGCCGCGACCGA